UACUCUUUAUAUAUUGAUAUUUCUAUUAAACUUGGGGCGGUCUGUUUCAAGAACUGAAACACUAUUUGUGGCAAGUCCCUUUUGAAUUGAGUCUUGCUUUGAUUACCUAAUAAAAUCAUGUGUCAUAAGAAUCGCACAGCACUACUACACGUGCAAGUCAGGUGCAUUAAGCCCGGGAAGCUGUUUCUGCUUCUUAUGCUUCUUGUGCUUCUUGUGCCUCUUCUUUUGCUUUUGUUUGUGUGCUCACCACAAUGCCAAAUAACGUCUCAAGUGAUUCAAUUCCUUUGUUCAGGCCUUUUCAUUUUCUUUCUCCUAACAAUGCCCAACAACAGCUUCCAGGCUCUUAUCCUGGAAUGCCUUCCUCCACCAACUCCAGAUCUUUCUCCAAAUACUUUAACUCAAAAAAUUUCUUUGUGUUGUUGAGGUCAGCAAGGAACCUCUUUCUUUUAAUUUUUUUCUAUUUGCCCUUUAGAUUGAUUUUUUAUCUAUUGAAGAUUCUUUCUUUAUUUUAUUUUGUCUAUUUGAAGAAGAUUUUGUCUUCUUUUUUCAACUAUAGCAAUGAUAACUUGAAUAAUCAAAUUGAUGAUAAUGCUUCUCAAUUCAUUGAGAGUUUUAAUAAAAUGGCGGAUACAAUUAUAAACAAUAACAGCAACAACAGCAACAACAACAACAACAAUAAUAAUCAUAAUAAUAAUAAUAAUAACAAUAUUGUUAUUCAUUCUGAUAUUAACUCUAGCACUAAGAAUAAUAAUUCUAAUAAUAAUUCUAAUAUCAAUUCUAACAAUAAUUCUAAUAACAAUUCUAAUAAUAAUAUUUAUACCGAUAAUUCUCACACUAAUGCUUACAACGAUAUUUAUUUUCAUAAUCAACUUGUGAAACCACAAUUUUUUAAUGGAACAUACUCUGAGGCAUUAUAUUUAACUAGAAAAAAUUACUUAUUUUUACUUGUCUUUAUAACCUCAGAAUACAACCAUUAUAAUCGACUUUUUAUUCAAAAUAUUUUGCUCAAUUAUAAAUUUAAUAAAUUUCUAAAAAAAAAUAACAUCUUAUUAUAUGGUGGUAAUAUCUCAAAAUCUGAAAUAUUUCAAGUAUCAAAUUUAUUAAAUUCAAAUAAAUUACCCUUUUUAGCUUUACUUUGUUUAACUGUAUCUCAAUCCCAACAAUUUAACAAUAAUUUUUCUAAUCCAAAAAUCUCAAUAAUAGCUAGAGUUCAAGGUAUUAACGAUUUAAACUUAAUUUUAAACAAAUUUAAUUCCCAAAUAAACAAGUAUAAACCGAAUUUACUUAAAAUUAAAUUGGAACAAGAUAAAAUUAAUUAUAAUAAACUAAUCAAGUCUAAACAAGAUCAUGAUUAUCAAGUGUCUUUACUUAAAGAUCGAAAAAAAAAAUUGCUCCUUCAAAAAAAAUCUUUAUAUUUAAGAAAAAAAAAUUUAUUUUUAAUUAAAAAUUUAAUUGAUAAUCAAAACUUGUUAACCCAACAAGACAAGUUGUUAAAUCGCGAUAAUUACGUCACCAUUGCCAUCAGAUUAUCUUCAGAUCUAAAUAACAAAAGAUUUUUAAGAAGAUUUAAUAAAAAUUGUAAAAUUCUUGAUAUUUAUAUUUUAAUUGAAGCUUUAAUCAAAAAUUUAAUAAUUUAUGAUUUAGAUCAUUUAAAUGAUUUAAAAAAUUUGCUAAUAGAUCAUGAUAACCAAAUAAUUAAACAAAACAUUAACUACAUCAAUAACAAUAACAAUAACAAUAACGAUGGCAACAACGACGACGACAACGAUAAGCUUGAUUCCAAUUUUGUUUAUAAAUUUAACUUUAAAAUAUACUCCCUAAUUCCAAGGGUUUAUCUUGAACCAAGUGAUAUCCUAUUGAAGGAUUGCGAGUAUGUUUGCCCCAGCGGAAAUUUAAUAGUUGAAAGCAGCAAUGGAGACAAUAAUAAAGAAAAUAAUGAUAUUACUGACAGUGAAAAUUAAAAAAGUAACUUCCUACUGAUAAAAUUUUAUAUUUAUUUCACACAACAACCUUUUUUUUCUUGCUUUUAUAGUUGUUUGUACCCUAUCCAAAAUCUGUAUUUGAAACCUUUGGCCUGUUCAACUAAUUGAAAUGCAACGAUCUUUUUCUGCAAUUUUCUGAACCAGAUUUGGAUUUACUGCUCAUACAAUACACAUCUGUGUAUCACUCGGUGGGCCCGUAGCCGUACACGUAACAUCGCGACGGUGCAUCUCUUCCGACACACGGCUUUUCUUUGUAUUACUCUCAUGACUCCGGCAUCGCCGUAGAAGCU